AUGAGUGCACAUACACUUGCAAGUGGAUUUCAGUCACCGGGAAGAUUUUUUUGUAAUUUCUUGUAAAACAUUUACAGCGAAGAAAACGUCUAUAAGCUGUGUGAAAAGGUGCAAGAACAAUGUUGUGAUACAAUGAUUGGAAAAUGCUACGCUGUGUUCGUUUCUAAUGAUGAGAGGCGAGUGCCGCUGUGGCAGCAGAGCGCUGGAAAUGGUCCAGAAAAAUUGGUAUUUUGGGACUAUCAUGUGUUUCUAGUAUUGAAGAAUAAUGAUCUUAGCAGCUUGGUGUACGACUUUGACACAUGCCUUCCAUUUCCAUCCUCUGCAGAUGACUAUUUCAAGAAGACAUUCAAGUCAGACAGAUUCUUGGAGAACUCCAGAGCCAAGUUUAGAGUGAUUGAAGGUGCAGUGUAUUUGAGAACGUUUUCCUCGGACCGUAGUCACAUGUUGGAUAAGGAUACCGUUCAAUGGCUAAAACCGCCUCCAACAUACCCGCCAAUCAUUUCAACCGAGUCGUCUAACAAUUUGGAUGAUUUUAUAUCGAUGAACCCGAAAAUUGGCUACGGGAAGGUCAUGACACUAUCCGAAUUGGUCGGAUUUUUUGUUAAUCCAGAUAUAAAAAGUGAGAAAUAAACUUAUUUAUAGUUUUAUCAAGUAUUAUUUAUAACGUUUCAAUGUUAAUUACGAGCAUUCUACAUAUAGUGAGAUUCACGUUAAAAAGUCAGUGGGAAUGAUAGAACGCAGUGCUGCCAAGUUUCAUAUUUCAACCUCCUUCUUUAGUACAGUAAAUAGAAUGCCACCCCGGUAUAUCUGAUUCAUUUCAAAGUGAAAGUGAGUUUUAUCAAAAAUUAAUUAAUUAAUCUUUUUUUUUAAUAAUGAUCAAUUGAUUCUAAAUAAAAUAUAUUUUUCAUGAUUUAAUAAUACAUUCUCAUAAUUUAAAAUAAAUAGUUCUGUAACAAAUCCUGUAAUUUGUUAUAAUUUCUUCUAAGUCUAAAAACAGUUUGGCAAGAAACUGUGUGGAGUUAGAAUAGGAGAUAGCUAUCAUCUUUGUCCAAUGACGGACAAGGAUAGCAGAUCGAAUGUUAAUCAGGUGCUGAUUUUAUAACGUGAAGCUCACUAUAGAUUUAUUAUUAUUAUCAUCAUCAGGGAAGAGAAGACGUUCAAAAUAAUGUAGGAGAGUUCUCUUCAACUGAUUAAAUACUUUUAGAAUCUAUGGUCAGUAUUACUUUAGGUAGGCCCGAUUCGAAUUUAGUUUUUCUAACUGCAAAGUUACUACCAUCACUACAAUAAUUAAUACUAACAUUGUUUUACCAACCACUAUUACUACCGGAUGUAUCUCGGACGUCUAUUUUUCAAACCCAAAUUUCAACCUCGAGAUAUUUUUCAACAAAUCUGGCAAAUUCAUCAAUCAUUUUUUGAGUUCUCUUAUGACUAUCACAAAGAAAAUCCUCUGAAAAAUGUUGUUUUUAUCCUGUUUACAUGAUUUGGUUUAUUGAGUAAUUCUUCUUUGAAAUUUUUUACGUAAAUGACUGAGGGAUGGAUGCUUGAUUAUAUGCUAUAAUAAGUUUAA